AUGGGCGGCCCAUAUGUGCCUCCAGGCCAGUCGCCGCCCUUCGAGGUCGUCGAUGAAUUGCAUCACGGGGCAUGGGUGAUUAUCACAGCUGCACUUGGACUGGUGAUUUCACUCGUCUGUUUCCUCAUUCGACUUUAUGUGAGGCUUAUGCUUAUCCCGCCGUUUGCGCGGGAUGAUUGGGUAUUACUGGGUGCUACUGCUCUCGCAGUUCUACAAUCAACCCUAGUAUUCUACGCUUGCUCGCGCGGAUUCGGCACAUCACUUACUCUAUUAAUUGACGGUCGACUCAAUCAGAUCCAGGCAUUAAUUGCAACAAGCGAUAUCCUCGCACUGAUUAUCAUCUACCUCUCCAAAUGCUGUGUCGUGGCUAUCUAUCUCCGCCUUACACCGCAAAAGCCUCAUAAUCGGGCAUCGUGGGCGACAUUAGCUCUAUGCACUGCUUGGAUCAUACCCGCUAUAUUCAUAGUGCUGGUGAACUGUGAACUUAACACACCCUGGCGGGGGGACGGUGGUCAGUGCAAUAACCUGUUCCAAAGAUGGCAAUUCAUUGCGGCAGUCGACGUGAUAACCGAACUCAUCCUCUUCAUACUAGCAAUAGUCCUCCUCAAAGGUCUAUUCAUGUCCGUUCGACGCAAACUAGCCAUAGGCUUUGCUUUUAUAUUUCGUUUCCCCCUAAUAAUAUUCUCCCUAAUCCACAUCUUCUCCCUAAACAACGCCCUCCAAAACAAAGACACAACCCUCGCCUCUGUCAGCCCCGCUCUCUGGAUACAAGUCGAAUUACACUAUGCCCUAGUCGCAUGCAGCGUUUUCUGUCUUCGACCGUUCAUGGCCGCUGUUAGUACAAAUUACGGUACGGCGGGUGAUUCGACACUGGAGAGUAGUGCGAAGGGGAGUUCGAAGGAUAGAUCUGGAUCUGGCAUUGGGUCUGGAUCUGGAUCGGGAUCCGGUUCAAACUCAGCAUCUGCUACCAGGUCCAGAUCGCAAUCGCGGGUUCAGCGAAAAAGGGCUGGGACGGCGCGGUUUAUGCCGCAUCUUGAUGCUAAUUUGGAUGGGUUGGGCUCGGAUGUUCCCUCUUCGUCGAGGGAUGUGCUUUGUCGGGAAGGUAAUGCGAAUACACAUGGAUCGUCGAGAAAGAAACGACCACUCGCGAGUGGCGGGUUGCCGAGGCCGACGCCAGACUCUGCGGCCGAGAUUCCACGUGUUCCAGUGCGCAGAUCUAUGUUCUCUCUUGGCACACCUCUCAAACCAGAGAAGGGAAAGAAGCACAAUUCGAGGAAUGGAGAGAGAAAUGUCUUCCCUAUAGACUCAGAUUUGAUUGAGCUUGUGCCGAGACCACAUGCUCGAUAUGAAUGUGGGGAUGACCGUGGCGAUGGAGAGGGUGAAGAUCCAGAUAAGAUGGUGAUCCAUAAAGAGAUCCGGUAUUCGAUUCAAUAUGAGGAUGAUGAAGAUGUUGAAGCGAGGCAGUUUGCACAGGAGGAUCCGAGAAAGAGUUGUGUUGAUCUUUCUGCUUGUGUAUAG